UAAACUUCCGGUUAAAAAUCUUCUUCUCGCACAUUCGAUGAAAAUUCCUAUUUGAUAUCCAACAUCAUCGCCGGUGUAAUUAGGAAAUAUUAAUCAUGAGCGGCUCGUUAGCGUUUGAUGAAUAUGGAAGACCUUUUAUUAUCAUCAGGGACCAAGAAAGGAAGUCACGAUUGACAGGAAUCGAGGCCCACAAAUCCCAUAUUCUGGCAGCCAAGUCAGUUGCAGGAGUCUUGAGAACGUCCCUUGGUCCUAAAGGCUUAGACAAGCUUUUGGUUAGUCCUGAUGGUGAUAUUACAGUGACUAAUGAUGGUGCUACCAUUCUGAAACAGAUGGAUGUACAGCAUCAGAUUGCAAAGCUGAUGGUCCAACUGUCACAAUCACAAGAUGACGAAAUUGGAGAUGGAACUACAGGGGUAGUAGUUUUGGCUGGAGCACUUCUAGAACAAGCAGAGAAGCUUCUAGAUAGAGGAGUUCAUCCAAUACGUGUAGCUGAUGGAUAUGAAAUGGCUGCUAAAGUAGCAUGUGAACACCUAGAAAAAAUCAGUGAAGAAUUCACAGUUAGUCCAAAAGACAAAGAAGAUCUGGUCCGUUUAGCAAUGACUACCCUAGGUUCAAAAAUAGUUAACAGAUGUCAUAGACAAAUGGCAGAGAUAGCUGUAGAUGCAAUCAUGUCAGUAGCUGACUUUGAGAGGAAAGAUGUAGAUUUUGAGCUUAUUAAAGUUGAGGGUAAAGUUGGAGGGAAAAUGGAGGAUACAAUGCUCAUCAAGGGUGUUAUUGUAGACAAAGAUAUGAGUCAUCCACAGAUGCCUAAAAACAUCAAGGAUGCUAAGAUAGCUAUUCUGACAUGCCCCUUUGAACCACCAAAGCCCAAAACCAAACAUGGCCUUGAGGUGAAAUCUGUUGAGGAUUAUAGAAAGCUGAAGCAAUAUGAACUGGAGAAGUUUGAAUCUAUGGUUCAGCAGGUAAAAGAUACGGGUGCUAAUUUGGUCAUCUGUCAGUGGGGAUUUGAUGAUGAAGCAAACCACCUGUUACUACAGAGGAGUCUGCCUGCUGUACGAUGGGUGGGAGGACCGGAAAUAGAGUUAAUAGCAAUAGCAACUGGAGGCAGAAUUGUACCCAGGUUUGAGGAACUCACAAAAGAGAAACUAGGAAAAGCAGGAACUGUAAGGGAACUGUCCUUUGGUACAACUAAAGAUAGAAUGUUAGUGAUAGAGGAUUGCAAUAACUCACGAGCAGUCACCAUAUUUAUAAGGGGAGGUAACAAAAUGAUUAUUGAAGAGGGCAAGAGAAGUAUUCAUGAUGCCCUGUGUGUGAUCAGGAAUCUGGUUAAGGACAACAGGAUUGUGUACGGAGGUGGUGCUCCAGAAAUCUCGUGUUCCGUGGCUGUGGCUGAGGCCGCCAAAAAGAUAUCUACUCUAGAACAGUAUGCAAUGAAAUCCUUUGCAGAAGCAUUAGAAAGUAUACCUCUAGCUUUAGCAGAAAACUCGGGAUUUGCCCCCAUCCACACAUUAGCUGAAAUUAAAUCUAGACAGGUUAAGGAGAAUAAUCCCAGGCUAGGAAUAGAUUGUCUCAAUAAGGGGACUAAUGACAUGAAGGCCCAAUCUGUGAUAGAGACCCUGUCAUCAAAGAGAGCCCAGAUUCUGUUAGCUGUACAACUGACAAAGAUGAUCUUAAAAAUUGAUGAUGUCAGAGGAAGUGCAGAUCAGAUGUGAGAUGUGGUCUAGCUGUAAAUAUGGAAACAGUAUGCAAAUAUAAAAGACAUAUAAAUUAUUAAGUGACCAGGACUUUAUUGUGUUUGAACAUUGGUGACUGUUGUGAAUGGUUUUCAUAUGUUAUAUAACUGAAUUCCAUACCAUUUCCCAGCAAUUUAGUACUAGUGUGAAUGACUCACUUGUACAUUGUCAAAUUUAAGUGAUAGUGUACUUGGUGAAGUAUGAAUGACUUUUUAUACAGUAAGAUAUUAUAUAUCUAAAUGGAUCAGACUGCUUGAACAAAUUAAAAUGUGAUGAAAUUA